AUUCAAUUCAUGAAAUUUGUUGGUGGGAACUUGUAAUCUCAUCGCUCUUAUUGUGGUCGUGUGUUGGUGGCUGAUUGGUCUUAUUCCAAUCGACCUUAUAACUAAGUGGUCGACCUAGUCUUGUUGAGGUAUGCUUUCAAAUAUCAUGUGUGCUUGUUUACGAGUUUUUAUGGUUCCCUUUCUCCUCAUCAGGUCGACCACGUCAACACCAGAGGUAGACCGAAUUUGAUUUUUUUUUUGUUUUGGUCGACCAUACACUUCCUCUAGGUCGACCUGACGAGACCUAAUUUGUAUUUUAUUUGACAUACAGCUCGUAUUUUGAUCAUUGCUAGAUGGAUAAUAGAGAUGGUAUACACGAUAGAGAUGAUGAAAAUAUUAUGGACGAUUAGGAAACUGAGGAUGCUGAAGAAAGAUUUAUGGAUGAUGAGGAAAGUGAGGGUGUUGAAGACGAAUUUAUGGAUGAUUAGGAAGCUAUUGAAUAUGAACAACAAAUUCCUUCCAUGGAGUUUCAAAUAUUAGAAGAUGUAGAGAAAUUUUAUGAUGCCUAUGCUAAAGUGAAAGGGUUUAGCGUUCGACGUGGAGAUCUUUGAAGGAAUCGUCAAGGAGAAGUUACCUUGAGGAAAAUGGUAUGUUCAAGAGAGGGAAUUAGAGAGAAGAGGCAUAUUGAUAAAGAAGGUCGGACACGACAACAUCGUAAGAUUAUAAGACAUUCUUGCAAUGCAUCCUAUAAUGUACGCUUUGAUCGGGGGAAGAGAGUAUGUGAUGUUUCUAAGUUCGAGAGGAAGCACUCACAUCGUUGCUGCAUUGAAGAAGAAAAUCAAUUCCUUCGGUCUCAUCGAAAUGUGAGUGAAGGAGACAAGGCAUUAGCGAUAAGGAUGCGACAGUCAGGAAUAAAAAAACGCAACAUUGUUCAGUUCAUAAAGAAUAAAGUCGGAGGAUAUGAGAAUCUGGGGUCCACUCCAAAGGAUUUGGAUAGCACUGUUCAGAAAUCCUGAAAUGAUUACGAUGAUCUAAUAGGAGAUGUAAACCAAACAUUGGGUUACUUGCAAAGUAGACAUGCUUCUGAUGCUGGCCAAUUCUUCAAGUACACAACCAACGAUCAAGGUGAAUUGACGAUCUCUUUUGGUCGGACUCCACAUCCUGAGCAGAUUUUCAUUUUUUGGGAUGUGUUGGCGUUUGAUGCAUGCUACAAGCGCAACAAGUACAAUCGACCAAUUUAUGAUGGUUGGUGUAAAUCACCACCACCGUAACAUCAUAUAUGGUUUUGCCCAUUUUGAUAACGAGAAAUCCCCAACUACAUUUGGUUGUUGAACAAUUUUCUGGAGUGUAUGAACUCGAAGAUGCCGACUUCAGUGAUCACAGAUGGAUGCAAGUCUAUGUGUGGCGCCAUUGCUACUAUACUGCUUGGAGUGCCUCAUCGACUGUGUAUUUGGCAUAUUAAGACAAAUGCGACAACAACUGUUCAUAAUAGAGAGUUUGUUAGCGCCUUCACCCACUUGGCCAAAUCACGUAUAUCAACUGAGGAGUUUGAGAUCCGUUGGGAGAGUUUGAUUACUAAGCAUGGUUUGUCUGCAAAUAAGUGGUUGCGGGACUCCAAUCAACCUCGUGAUGUGAGUCAUGUAACCAUUGGAUAAAUGGGUAUGUAGGAGCUCAAUACAGCUUGCAACGUUUUGUUCAGUGCAUCGAUGAAGCACUAGAGGGGAUGCGUUACACAGAGUUACAUGAUGAUUAUUCUUCUAGGCACACGAGUUUUGUCUGCAAGUAUGCCCUUCUCACAUGGGAAAUGCAAGCUGAAAGUAUCUACACACAUCGUACAUUUGCUAUCUUCAAGUCUGAACUAGAGAACGAAGCUUCUUAUGUGUUAGCGGAGACAAGACCUGAAGCAGAUGGGACAGAGACAUUCAUUCUGAAUAAUUGCAAGAACCAGAAUCGGACAAGGAGGUUAACAUUUACUACGAUCACUCAACAUCUAAAAUGUCAGUGUACAUUGUUUGAAUCGAAGGGGUUUCCAUGCAGACAUAUGCUUACAGUGAAAAAAGAAUAAGGGAUUUAUAGCAUUACCCUCCACGUGGUUUAAGCUUCGAUGGGCCCAAAAUGCAAAGACACUAUCGUGUAAUCCUGGAGUUGGCGGUGAUGUGGCAGAGAAAUUCGGUCGACUGAUAAAACAUGAGGGACUGUCACUAAAGCAUAAGCGUUUGUGUGACAUCGCGUGUGGUAAUGAAUAUGCUUUUAAUCAUGUCUCUUUAGCGUUGGAUGCCCUUACUCAAUGGGCAAUUGAGUUCACGAGGGAGAGAAUGGACACCGCUGCACCUGCAAGCCCUCCAGCACCCCUUCCAAGUGUGAAAGAUCCGAAAAUUGGGAAGAUCAAGGGAACAUUCAAGUCUGCUAGAAGUGCAUCGGGCAAAAGUUUAAGAAAGUGUUUGAAAUGUGGGAAAUUAGGUCAUACUCACCCUAAGUGCCUCAAAAAAGUCAUAAAAAAAUCUUAAAUUGCUUCUAUAGGAAUUUGAUCAGGAUUCAUGCCAUUCAACAAUUCAAACCUCAAUUGAACAUAAUCAUAUCACUGAAUCUGUACUUGGGUUCAUACAAUCAAACCUAACAUACAAAUAUAGGGUUCUUCAUACUCAGGUGAAUAAGAAAGUUACUCCAUAGAGAGAGAUGAGAAAUCUAGCUCAGAUGCGGAAACCAUACUGUGAAGAAUGAGAAUCUGCUUCUGGCGCUCAAUCAGGUCUUCUCCAAGCUCAAGCCGGGCUCCAAUGGUGAUGGAGAUCGAUCUAUGGCACUUGCAGAGUCAGGUUUGUCACUUUCUCUCUCUAGGGCGCACUUUUUCUCUCUAAAACUCGAAACCCCUCUCUUUUGCCCGGUCGGGUAUUUUGGAUGGCGACCGGGCAUUUUCAAAACGCAGCGUAGGAGGAAGGGGAAAAUCCCCGGUCAAGGCCAAGAAUCCCCGACCGGGGAUUUUAGUGUCACGUCCGGGCCCCCCUUUGCUUCUCAGACGCCAAAACCACUUUUCCCCGGUCUGCUCCAAAUAAUACCCGGCCGGGUAUUUUCCUCCUCUAGCACACUUCGACCCAAACGUGCUCCUUUCGACCCGAAACUCGUUUCUUUGCCUCGAUGCCAACGCUAAGUCCUGAAAUAUGACAUAAACGCACAACCUAGAGUGAAAUCGACUUAAAACACGAGAAUCAACAUCUCAAAUGGCU